UGCCGCCGGCUGCCGGGGGGGCAGCGGGGGAGGCAGGGGGAAGGUGCGGUGUCCUAGCGGCCCCGCAGCCCGGGCGCUUUCUCCGGGAGCCCCCGCUCCCUUCCCCAUUCUCCCCGCCGCCGCAGGGGCUAGCAGGGGGAAGGGGGCGCUCCCUCGUCCCCCCCCCCCCCCCGUUUUCAGCACAAGGGGAGGGAGCGGGGGGGAGUUCAUCGGCACAAACAAGGAGCGCAGGACCCGCUUCCUCCCCCCCCUCCUGCUUCCCUCGGCGAUAAAUCCAGCCGGGCUAUGCAUCGCGAUGGGGACGCGCUGCCGCCUUCCCCGCGCUGAGGCGGCGGCUGCUGCUGCCGGGGGGGCCGCCAUCCCCUCGGCGGGGACAGAGCAGCCGCCGCGGGGGCUGCCCGGCCCCCGGCGAGGGAGCAGCCGCCGCUGAGGCCGCCCUGCCCUCGGCCGGGGCCGCCGCCAAGGGCCGGGGGGAGCCCGAGCCGCUGCGACACGGGAGGGAGGACGGGGCUCGGCGCGCAGGGAGGAGGCGCAGCGGGCAUGCGCCGGCCGAGCCGCUGACUGGAUCCUCAGGCGAGGUACCGAGGCGAAAAAAAAAAAAAAAAAAAAAAAAAAAAAAGGAAAAAUAAAUAAUAAUAACCCUACAGGAAUGAGGGAGAGAAGAACGGAACGCGGCGGAGGAAAGCGAAAAGGGGCUUAAAAAAAAAAAAAAAAAAAAAAGGAUAAAGCAGCGCUGGAGGAGCAGCUGUGGCAUGUGGGCACCGCCGGCACCAACAGAUAUUUUGAUGGCAUGACAAAUCAGAAAGAAGAGGAUGUACUGUAUGACUAGACACCAGAUCAGUUCUGUUUGUGGAUUACAUUUUCAGUAAGAUGUAUGGAUCUAUUUUUUCCUUGUUCUUAUAUAUAGAUCAUGAGACUUGACUGAGGCAAUAUACAUAUCAUCCAUCCAUCUAUGGCGAACUACAGCCAUGCAGCUGACAACAUUUUACAAAAUCUCUCUCCUUUAACAGCUUUUCUGAAACUGACUUCACUGGGUUUCAUAAUAGGAGUCAGUGUGGUGGGUAACCUUCUGAUCUCCAUUUUGCUAGUCAAAGAUAAGACCUUGCAUAGAGCUCCUUACUACUUCCUGUUGGAUCUUUGCUGCUCAGAUAUCCUCAGAUCUGCAAUUUGUUUCCCAUUUGUUUUCACCUCUGUAAAAAAUGGCUCUACUUGGACGUAUGGGACUCUUACUUGCAAAGUGAUUGCCUUUUUGGGGGUUUUGUCCUGCUUUCACACUGCUUUCAUGUUGUUCUGCAUAAGCGUCACCAGAUACCUAGCUAUUGCCCACCACCGUUUUUAUACAAAAAGGCUGACCUUCUGGACUUGUUUGGCCGUUAUCUGUAUGGUGUGGACCCUCUCUGUAGCCAUGGCUUUCCCCCCAGUUUUAGAUGUGGGCACCUACUCGUUCAUUAGGGAGGAAGACCAAUGCACUUUCCAGCAUCGUUCCUUCAGGGCUAAUGAUUCUUUGGGAUUUAUGCUUCUUCUUGCCCUCAUCCUCCUAGCCACACAGCUUGUCUACCUCAAGCUGAUAUUUUUUGUUCACGACCGCAGGAAAAUGAAGCCAGUCCAGUUUGUUGCAGCAGUGAGCCAGAACUGGACUUUCCAUGGUCCUGGAGCGAGCGGUCAAGCGGCUGCUAAUUGGCUGGCUGGAUUUGGAAGGGGUCCCACACCGCCAACCUUGUUGGGAAUCAGGCAAAACGCGAACACCACAGGCAGGAGAAGGCUACUGGUUUUAGACGAGUUCAAAAUGGAGAAGAGAAUCAGCAGAAUGUUCUACAUCAUGACAUUCCUCUUUCUGACCUUGUGGGGUCCCUAUUUGGUAGCCUGUUACUGGAGAGUUUUCGCAAGAGGGCCUGUAGUACCAGGGGGAUUUCUAACGGCCGCUGUCUGGAUGAGUUUUGCCCAAGCUGGAAUCAAUCCUUUUGUCUGCAUUUUCUCCAACAGGGAGCUGAGGCGCUGUUUCAGCACAACCCUUCUUUACUGCAGAAAAUCCAGGUUACCAAGGGAACCUUACUGUGUUAUAUGAGGGAGCAUCUGUAAAUCUUUAGCCUUGUGAAACACUACCAUUCUCUGCUAAGCAAUUGUGGCCUGUAGCCAUGUCUUGAGAAGAAAAUCAAGAAUGGGAUGUCAGCAGUUGUAAGGAUUUGGGCAACAUUCUGCAGUCUUUGCAAUAGCUCACCUCUAAUCCUAUUUUAAACCUAAACAUGUUCCUGCUGACCACUGCUGAAGGUUUGUAAUUAAGAACAAAGGACUGAACUACUGCCCUGAAUUCCUUUAUGUGGUUGAAAUCUAGAUUAUGAAAGUAGCAGGUGCUAAGUAUCAGUGCUAAAUGCUGUGUAUAUCACUACAUAAAAUAAGACCAUCAAAAAGAUUAGCAUUGGACAUCUUAAUAAAUUAAGUUGAUAUGAGGUUAAUGUGUUGAUAAAACUAAUUUUAGACAUCUGAAGACCUUUAAAACAUUUCAUACAAUUAUUGUUUUGCAAAGACUGAAAACUGGGGACUCAAGUACUGUAACUGAUUAAAGAUGUGCCAUGCAUUAUUGGAUUAUCACACUUACAAAUCUGUUUGCCUUGUGAGUAAGUUUUGGGGAGCAUUCCAAAGCAGUAUUUUUGUUCGGAUUUAGACUUUACUUUUUUUUUUCCUUUCUUUUUUUUUUUCCUUUUUUCUUUUUCCCAAAUAUAUUACUCUUUCUAAAUACCAUUUUCCUUAACGGUGAAAUUACUAACAUUUAACUAUAUUCUGUGGGUUUUGCUGAUUUGGUAUAAAGUUUAAUAGACUCUUAUUUAUAUUUUUUAAAAAGCUAGAUAUCAGUCUGUUAGGCAACGUUAAUGAUAAUAUCCAGUCAUAAUUGAACAGUUAUAAUUAUACAGAAUAAACACAUGUUGCCUUAAAGGGUUAUCUAGUAUCUUCCAUUUUGUUUAGCAUUGAAGCAAAUAAGCAAGGAAAAUUGAAUCAGUAACUCUGGUCAGUCAUUUGGGAGUGCAUGAGAGAUCACUUAGUCCUCUUUUUUCCUUUUUACUCCAAUGGUUCCCAAAAUCAGUAUGCACAUCACUGGGAUGAUAUGAUUUUUUUCUAGGUGUGCCGCCCUUUCUAGUUUGUUCUGAGAAACACAGGCAGUUGAUGUAUGUUUAUAUUUUAAGACAGCUGUCAUGGGGAGACCGCAGCCUUAGUAUGAUAUCUUGCACAAUUUGUGAAGCAUUUAUUCUACUGAAGGCACAGUCUUGUUUAUAUUUUCUGCACAUUUUGGUGUAUUGGUUGUUUUAAAUUAUUUAAGUUUUAACUUGUGAAAGCAUAUAAUAUGAUUUCUUAGUAUUUUAGAAAUACAUUAGAGUCUGUGAGUCUUUCCUUCUUUAAGAUACAGAUGUGUGGAUUUCAAUAUAAAGUUGCAUUUGCCAAAAUUUACCUGUGUAGCUUGUUAAUUUUCUUGGAAUAAAAUUUUACAUUUUUCCAGUUAUACAAUUAACCUUUUUUAUUUUGUCUAGUGAGCUAGCAUGAAGUACUGAGAAUGUAGCCAUUAUGAAUUAUUAUCCUUUGCAGUCACUGUAUUCCCAAACUGUAAAUGCAUGAAUGAUGGGGACCACAGGAUUGAUAAAUGAUAUUAUCUACAGUAGCACUAUUGUGUAGUUUAUCAUAAUUACCCAUCUAUCUGUUCUAAUAUGUCAGUUAUAUUUAAAGUUACAACACAGUAUUUGACAUUAACUUCACGGUUUAAUUUUGGAAAAUGUGUAUAUUUGAAGCACAACAUCAUGAGUCAGUCGAUCGUAAAGAACAUUGAUUUUUUUCUUAAUUUUUUUGGAGAGACAAGACUAGAGGUCUUAAUUCAGUAUUGGUGUAUCUUGUUCUUUGUUGUAGUUUUAUGACCAGCAAGUUAAUAUAUACAUACACGAGCAGCAGUCAAUAAUGGAAAUGCUUAAAUUUGUAUGAUAACAUUAUACAACAUAUGCAACAAUUCAGAGAGUUGUGUCUAUAUGUGAUCAGACAACUUGAUCAAAGAUUUAGUGAGCAAUCUGUUUGACCUCACUUACACUUUUAUACUGAGGUUGAUUGGUUGAGAGGCAUGGCUUAAUAUACUGUGUUGAAACAGAAAACUUGCUGAAAUACCGAGUCCUCAUCAGUACAAGGAUGUUUCAGAACGUAAUUUGAAACGGGACCAAUAAACUUCCACCAAAAGGACUUUUUUUACUACACCGGAAAAGGCUUGGAAAUUAAGGUAGUUAAGCAAUUGUCAAAGAUAGCAGGAGUGCAUAAAAACCGAAUCGUACGUUGAGAAAAAUUCUGAAAGUUAUCCCACUUAAGUUUAUUAAAAGGUUGAUUGGCAAUAACUUCAGUCUAAUUUCUAUAAAAUAGUAACCUUUACAAGGAACAUUGAUAUUACAUAUUGUAAUAAAGAAGUACAUAUAAAUAAAGUUGUAAAUAGUGUUAUAGUUGUAGAAGUAGUCGGUUCUGAGGAUUAGCCAGAAAAUUUUCAACUAUGAAAUUUCACAAGCUGCAAAUUUGGGGCCUGGCCUAGCUCCUAAUAAAGUCAGUUGGCGUUUUCCCGUUCACUUCAUUUGGAGCAGAAGCAGGCCCUCACGUUUCUAUAGUACUAUGCUUCUGAAAUACUAAGAAGGCUGUAUUUACUAUGCAGUGGGAAAAGGAAAAAACAAUUUAAAAUUAUUUCCCUGGAAGUUUUGCAAGCAGUAACUGAUGUAAAUUAAAAUAAUAAACAGUAAACAAGUCUGAAAGCAAAUAUUUUGCUAAAUGUUUUUCUUUUGAUAUGAACAUAAUUCCUUUGACUAACUGAAAAAUACACGAGUGUAUUGCUACCUGACAGGGGAAGACUUUCUCUUUCUUAAGUGAAUUUUUAUACUUGUUCCAUUAAGAAGUCUUGUGACAGAUGUAAUUCCUUUUAUUCUCUCCAGUGUUAAAAGAACAAGGGGAUGUGCAGUGAAGUUAAAAGCCAACAUGUGAAGUAACAUGCCAUGCAAAGUUAUUACUCAGUGGAACUCACUGGCGCAGGAUGUCCGGUACCUUAGAGAGGUUCAUUACAUGUAGACAUGAAGUAAAGCAGUGCUUGCAGGUUCUGCCACGGGUGCCAUUUGAUCCUAGUCAGCACAUCAAACCUCAUGUAUUGGGGGAUGAAUUCCAAAGAGCAAGAAGGUUCCUUCCAGCUCAGUACACGGUUGUGUCACAGAAUGAAAAGCUCUCUGCUCUCAUUUUAGUACAGGAGUGAAAUUGGUGUCAAAGCUUAUGCAGGGCUGGUGGGUUACUCUUCUGUUUCAGAAUAGCAAAGAAUAUCACAGUGUUUUAUGUCUGCGUUGAUCUUUGAUUCUCAUGGGUUAUGUGAUGCUAGUUGUAAUUUUCCUGGGUAAGAAAAAAAAAGAGUAAUAACAGGUGCCCUCGAGAAAAGACUGUCUGCCCCUCUUGCUUUCUUGCCCUCUAUUUGUGCCACUGGCCCUUUGGCAACCUCUCCAUCAGUUCUUCUUCAAUGUGAAAUAUUUCAUAUAUUGAGUCCUGUAUUUCUUCUACUCCAGUGCUCCUUAAGAAGUAUCUCAGCCAUCCCCACUCCACAGCAGAUAAGAGGAGCCCACUUUCCUCGAUAGUAGUUUCUUACAGCAGCUUCCCAAGGUUUGUCAGUGUCUGGGUUCCCUCCUAAAGACAGAGAGAGGCCACUGGUUCCUUCCAGUUGCCCUCCUGGGGCCAUUAUGGCAUGAUGCUUGGCUAGCACACUGCCUAUCUUGCCUUUUGGCUUUGGUCAUGAAGUAGUCACUGUCUAUGUUAUGCAGAGAAAAAUGCAUACUGGCGAGAGGGCAGCAGGAAGCAAUUUCCCCUCUCCCAACUCCUUCAUAAAGAAACCACAGUUAUUGUUGCAUUGAUCCUCUAAAUGAAUAAAAUGGACAGUUAGCAAAUUAAUGCAAGGUUUUUGGUAUAGCCCUAAAAUAUUAUUACACAAUGGUUUUCAGGCAGUCUCCAGGCCUUGAGGGCAGAGCAGCCUGCUGUAUCCGUCUCCUUUUAAGUGCAUUGAGUUUGCUCACUUGUAUUGUCUGUGCUUUGCCUUCCAAGCAUGAGAACAUUCUACUUAUAUUAAUCCGAGCCCAGUAUUGCAGCAGGCUGCUAUUAUUCAUGGGUUUAAUAAAUAAAGUCAAAGGGAAGUCUGGUGGUUUUUGAGGUGAAUUAAAGACGUACUUUGACUAAUACUUGUUUUUUUAGCAAAUGUUGAAUAAAACUACGGGUUGCCAGGCUCUUCCGUAGUUACACAGUCAGCUGUCAAUUAUUGAAAACAGAAAUGGUGUAGACUAACUUGCAUAAAACAUAGGUAAUACAAAGCAUAUGCACGCUAGCCUCUAAGGACUUCCUGUGUUUAUUACAUUUCUUGAGGAAUGAAGUUAAGCUGAACUAAAAAGCUGCAGGAGAAAUUCAAAGGAAAAUGGUGGGUGUUUUUCCUUUUAUUUCUGCUUUGUUUUAGCAUAGCCCUGCUAAUCUGCAACCUGGGUUACACACCCACAGACAACCAGGAGUUGACUGUACAGUUCUGCAUACCACAUAGACAACUUCCCUCCAGUUUAUACUCAUUGAGAGCUAUGGAAGUGCACGCUACUAAUCUGAUAGACUUUUCAGAGAAAAGAGGAGUCUCAUCCUGAGAUACAGUAUUCUUCAAAACUCAAAUUCAGUGUAUGCCCUCUGCUUUUGUUUACUGAAGUGAUUUUGAGUGUGAAGAAAUCAGUGAUCUAAAUCAGUAAUGAUCAUAAGCGUUCUCUGGCUGUGUCCAUUAACAGCAGGAUGAGAUGACAUUUUGCGAUGCAUAUGCCAGCAACAAAUCAAAGAGUUUGAUAUUACACACCAUGACUUUCCUUGAGUGGCCUGAAAAUAGCUCAUGCUUAUAUUUAGAAAAGAUACGAUGAAGCUGUCCAUUUAAAUGGAUAAAGUCUGUAACUAGCCGGUAUCAGAAAACAAAGCAAAACAAAAAGUGAAUUUUAAAGAUUGCUCAUUAUAAAUAGCAAAGAGUUUUUGUGGUGUUUUUUUUUGUUUAUCUGAACUGUGUAAUUACAUAAGUAUAUGAUGAUCAAAGGAGUGCCACAGUAAAUAAGUCAGAGUUUUAAUAGUCUAAAGAGGAAAUAAGUAACAACAAGCCAUUUGAAGUAAAAUAAAUGUAGCUGACCAUGUGUUUCAUAAUACUUAGGAAACAAAGCAAUAAUUGAGAUUUUCACUACAUAGUGAUUUUGCGUACCCAAUGCAUUUAAAAAAAAAAGUCAUUAGACAGUGAGGUGACUGAUACAGUCCAGUGAGACUUACUCUUCACAUCACAGCUUUUGUACUAUGCACUACAUUUAAUGAGCAUGAGAUUUGAAAACAGAAUUUGUCUGAUAUAAUCGUCAACAAACUGCAUUAGCUACAAUAAAACUUCUCCAAAUAUUAGGUAAAUUACUGUCUCCAGAGAUUAUUCAAAAUUAUCCCUGUGCUAAUUUAGGAAAAGUCUACUUCACCUUUGUAAAAGAGCCAUCUAGUUAAAGAUGUUUUUUCCAUCCUUUCAUGUGUUAGUCAAGACAGCUUCUUCUGUAAUGUGGAAUUAAAAAUACCAAGUUUGAAAGGAUACAUCUGAUUUCCAACUAUUAUGCCACCUAUCCAUGGUAUUGUUGUCAUGUUUUAAGUAAACCCACAAGGUCUAUGGUUGAAGAAUGUAAACAGUCACUUAGAAAACAAACAAACAAAGCAAAACUCAAUGACAUGCUUCCAGUUCAUUCUCUCUCCUAUUUGCAUGGAAUGCUAAAAUUUCAACUUUAAGAAUUUGAAGGCAAACUCUGAAAACAAGCAUGUUGAAGGGGAGAGAAGGCAAGCCAGAAAUACAUUUGUUGAGGUUAUCCUCACAAAGAAGAAGGUUAUCAUGUGUGUAUUGCAUUUUCUGCAUGGUUUUAGUCUAUCAGCUUGCCCAAGCUUUGCCAAUGCAUUUAAGCAGCAUAGGUUGAAUUCUCAUGCUACCAUCAACUACAGCAUUUCCAGACCCCUUUUAUUUUCAUUCUAUAACUGUAAUGCUCAGGCAUGUUAUCAUUCUUAUGCAAACUGAAGAAAUUGCUAAAAAUAGAGUUUUGCACUACAAUAAUUUUGGAGGAUCAGCUUCUUGAGACAGUCUAAGAGCAGGGUACCUAUUUCUGAUGACUCCUUUAGGCAGCAGCCUGGAGGAUACAACAAAGUUUUAACCCCUGUUCACGAGCUAGCUAAAGUCCUGCUGUCCCUCAGUGAAACCACCUCCCAUGGAACCGGCCCACCUCCAGCCUGUGACCCACUUCCAUGCUGAGAUUAAGUAGGACUUCAUUUGUGCAUACCCUGAGUGUUAAUGGGUGAAACUGAGCAGGGAGCAGAAAUGCCUAGACAAUAUUCAUAGGCUGCAGAUAGAUGAUGCAUUUGUUUUCUCAAAACAGAAGUAACAGAAGAAGGAGAGGCCCAGAGGUAAACAUUUUUGUGAGCUGGUUGGUAUUUCAUGCCCUGUUGCCCCCUCAGCAGUGGCUGAGAUCUUCUGGUUUACUCUUGAUUUUUUAUUUUCUAUUUUUUGGAAAAUAUAUUCUAUCUCUGCCACUCUACUAUAUCCCACCCCUUACAAGUUGAUUUUAUGCUUAAUCAAGUUUGUAUAGUCUUUACAAUACAUAUUUAGUAGUAAAACAUUCGUAGCUUUGCACUGAUUAUGGAGAUAUAUAUCAGUGUAAGUGCUUGCCCAUUUCCAUAAGCAAUUCCUGUGUUACAGGCACACAAAUCCUAUUUUUGAAAUUAAGGCACUCUACAAUUAUGCGUUUCCUGAAUUCUCUGUUAAGGCCCUUAAGCUUUGGAAAUUUCUCCUAUUUGAUCCAAAACACUCAAUGCAGAUUAUUAUGGCACACCGCAGGGAACAUUCGAUCUCUCUGACUGCAGGACUGUUUGGACAUCAUGAAGACUGGAAAUGUAUAUUUAGCUCCUGUGUAAUAAUUUAUGGUAAUGACUGAGCAAUAGAAGCGAUAGUGAUGGGGCUCCUAAAAUAACAUAUUUGGGUAAUUGCAACUUUUAAUCGUAAGACAUCCAGAACAAAGGAGAAAUGCUCCUUUUGUAAGAUGAUUAUGUAAAUGAAAAUUAAAUACACAAUUAAAUGCAGUUCCAUAGGAUUUUGAUUAACAUAUUCUGUCAAAGCUACAGCAAGAUGGACAUAAAAAAAAAAGAAGAAAAAAAGAAAGAAAAUAGAGUACCAUUUGACAUGUAAUCCUUGUAACUUUGGCUAUAUUCUUGCAAUCCCUACUCAAGGAAGAAAUUCCCUCUCUUUUGUGGAAACUUGUCUCAAUAAAGUCUGUAAGAUCUUGAUAAUUUAUGUAAGCGUUCAUGUUCUUUACUUGACUAGUUCUCAGCGAGAGCAUGGUACAGCAGGUCUUGAACCAUAAUCUGUGUUGUACUCUAUGUGCAAAGCUAAUCUUUUGAUUGCUUUCAAGAGGAAAUGUGUAUGUGUAUUUAUGGGCUUUUCUCAGGCUCUUUGAUGGAUUGUGGUGUAGUUGCUUCCAAGCAGUGGGGUUUGAGCCCAUGGGGAAGGCACGGAGCAUCACACUAGAGCAUGACAAGUGAGUAUAGAAACAGGUGCAAGGAAGGUGAGGGACCUGUGCUAAUAGGAGUAGAUAAUGCUUUUGGACUUUUUUUUUUGUAAGUUCCUGUGUGUUGGUACGGGUAUCUGCAGCAAGGUGGAGUGGAAUGCUGCUGCCCCCACCUCUUUCCAUAGGAGCAGACUGGAAGUAGUACACAUUAUAGGUUGGUUCCUGCCCCAGGCAGCUGGUGUGGUCGUUUUGGUCACUAAACCCAGCAGCAUAGGGAUUUAGCCCAGGUGGAUUAUUUGGUCGCAGUCCAUGCUGUUCGAAUGUGUGAAGCUUGUUUUUCUUUCAGUGUUUGCUGUGAGUAGUUUCUGGUUUUCAUAGGUAAAAAAAGAGGAGUGUGUAAAGAGAAUGAAUGGGCAGAUCAAAUCCUUUUCAGUACAACCUUUGUGUGAGGAAUUUCAAAAGGAUGGAGAUAGAUGUGGAAGUCCCUCAUGGUUUUACCACAGCUCUGAGACAGUCUUGUAUUUCAGCUUAGUUAGCAUAUAUGCACACAAGGGACUGAAGUGAUCGGUCCCCAUCAGCAUUCAGUCUCUUCCCAAUGUAAAUCUCCAAAAAGACAGAACACCAUUUGUGGACACUCUUUUAUACAGAUGACCUUCCUCUAAGAGGCAUGUUGUCGCAAAAGAUGAGAUUUAUUGUAUUCUUUUGUAUUGGAGAAAAUUCAAUAUUGUAUCUUUUGGAAUAAAAUUUCAUGUUAUAUUUGCUUAUUAGCAUACCAACUAAAGGCAGUGUUACAAAAAGAGUCCAUUGCCCUCUUUGAACUAGGUGAACCAUAAGUCUAACUGGUAAACAGUAUCAGCAGGGAUAUCCUCGUCCUUUGGCAUCAGAUAAAUGCUGAUAUGUUAGCAGUCAUUGCAAUAUUUUACUGUAAAACCCCUGAACAGGUUAAUUUCCCACUUUGACAUUUUCCUUACACAAACAUCUUCAUCCCCUUUCAUACAGAAUGGGCUUGGUAAAUAUGGAUGCUUUGGGUGGUAUUGACAUCUCAGCCAUGCCAUCUAAGGACAAGUGCUAAAUAAUUUAUUAAUUGAAAGUUCAGAAGAGGCUGUGUAAAGCAACAAAACAAGCUAUGUUUUCUUAAGUUGUGUUUGUGAUCCAUUAAACAUUGGCUUUGGUACCUGGGUAUUGACAGACCUAGCAUACAAACCUGAUGCAAAAUUAGAAAUCAAGCUGUCAAGAUAAUUCCUAGUCAUUGAGUAUAACUAUGAAAUGCUAUUGUUAGGUGUAUUCUAAUGGACUGAUUCUUUGCAAAUAUUCACAAAGUCCGUAUGAUAAGACACGGAUAGAAAAGCCUUGGCCAUAUUGAACUUAGUAAUAAAAUGCCUGUUGCUUUCAGUGAAGUCUGAAUGCUGUGCAUAAACCUUAAUUUCCAAAGAUGACAGAUUCACUUGUGCAUGCCCAGCAUGUCUAAGAAUGGAAUUUUUAAGGCCUUGACCGUAUUCUUAAGCAUUUUGGUUCUCUUUUCUUCAUGACAAGGUUUUGUAUGAUGCUUGCUGCAAUGAAAUCUGAACUCCCUUUGUAAUUUGUGUUUAUAUAACCAUGUUGCUUAAUAGCCUCAUUACGGACAAGUACCUCUUUGUAUUAGGUUCUGUGAAAAAGCAGCCUCUGUCUAAAAGCUUACAAUUAAAAGAUAACAGAAGAUGGGUACAGACGAGUGGGCUUCCAAGGAAAUUAUGAGACAGUGUUUGUUGGUAAGCAUGAUGGGAGAAGAGAUCCCACAAUACUCCAUCUUUUUUUUUAUCUUUUUUUUUUCCUUUAUUUUUUAUUUUUUUAAGGAAGAGAGGGAGAGAGAUGAUGGAAAAGGGAAGUUUUCAAAGGAUUGAAAAAUAACAAGGGGAUGGGUUCUCAGCAGAGAAAAGCAGCUUGGGAGAAAGUACAAAGGCUGUUUCCUGAAAAUGUAAUUGUCGGUGAUAAUUGUCAGUGAUAGCCUGUCAACAUGAGCAGAUCAGAACCUCUCGAUAAAGAAAGAAAGAUGAUAGGCCAAGAAGAGCAGAAAGAAGUGGCAGUGAAGCUGAAUGAGGGACAGAAAAUAACUGCUGAUCCACAGCAUUAGGUAGGAAGAGGUCAUUAGAGGUCGUGUUGAAAGUAAGGCUCAAUGAAAACAGCUGGGGAAAGCCAAGGAGAUUGACACCAGGUACUGACUGCAGCCAAGGAGCUUAAAAAGCAGAGGUAGAAUAAGAUAGCAGGGUAGUUGCCAAAGUAAGUGGAAUAUGGAAGUCCAGCUUUUUUUGUUUGCUUGCUUGUUUUUCUUUGCAAAUUAAGGAAGAGGCUACAUUACCCCUGAGUUGUUACAGGAGGAGUCAGAGGACAGCAAGAAGCUGAUGAAGCCAGCAAGAGUGACUGAAGGACAGGUCUGGAUAUUCAAAGGAGGGAUGGGAGGUGAGGCUAUCUGAAAGAAAGGCUGGAAGAAUGACCAGAUUUGGUUGAUUGUCCAUGAAUCAAAGAAAGUAGAUGUGCAUUUGAGGUCACAGGAGGAGAAGCACUCAGGCAAAAAUGGAAAGGCUGAGGAGAAAGGGGGGUGGCAUUAGCUAGGGAGUGGGAGGGUGAAAGAAGUGAAGAGCCAGGAAUGAGGGUCACCUAGACAGGAGCAGGUUGCUGUAGUCUCUUCGAGGUUCCCCUUACCAAUGACUUUGUGCUAACCCAUGGCAAAUAAAGCAAUGCCAAGGGUUUCCAACAUCAGUGAUGUCUAGGCAGCAGUGGUGCUAGUGCUUGUGUAACUGCUGUGGUCCCAGUGUGGCAGCAGUGGUCCCAGUGUCUUGUAGCCACUAUUAUAUCCAAGUUCAGCAGGAGCUUGAAGAAAAGCAGAAUAAUAUCCAUCAUUUUCCAUUCAUUCCUUUUUAACAUUGUAACAGGAUUUUCUGUUCUACUUCCAUGUUCCUUUUCUUUCUCUUUUUGUAAUGUUACUCUACUAAGAAAAACUACAUGUUCUUCAUAAGUGACACUCUGUAUUUAGAGUAUGUUGGGCCAGCAAUUUUGAUAACUUUCAGACUGAAUGAUAGCUUUUCUGAACAGUGAAAGUGCAGCUCCUGUGCAAUUUGAGAGCACUGCAGUGUUUUAUUAUCAUUAUCUCCCAUAAUGGUGGUAUCUUGGUCUGGUGAAGUGACCAUUAGGAUGAAAGCCAGUAACUUCCAGGUUCUCAUUGCAGCUUUGCUGCUAACAUCAUUGCAUGGGUGACCUUGGAUGAUUUAUACAGGCCAACUUUCCAGUUAUCCCCAGUUAAUUUUAAGCAUUCCAAGGACAAUUGGGGCUCCUAGUGUAAGACACUAGGUGACCAAUUUCCAAGGCAAUGCAGCACUAAUAAGUACAGAUUAUGUUAGUGUGCUAGGUGUGUAGGUGGUAAAACUGAUGAAAAAUGUUUUGUUUAGCACGUUGUGCCAAGUCUUGGCCUCCUGCAGGAAAUUUCAACAUCUUUUCAGAUUUUUCCUUCUUGAGAAACUCAAAAUAUUAUGUGAAAAAAAAAAGCUGUUUUCUAACCUCUUCUUAAUGAUUAGGCCAAGCAGUGUUUCAGGAUACAAAAGUUAGAUAGCCAGAUUAUUGGUCAGCUUGAAAAUGUAUUUGUUGUUGUUGUUGUUUUUGUUUCUUUUUUCCCCAAGCAUUUUUUCUGCAUAAUGUGCCAGUUGAACAAAAUGGCUAAUAAUAUAACUUACUUGAAGGAUGAGAGAAUUAAUGAGCUAAUGUUUCCAGAUUUCUGAAACUCAUUACAAAUCAGGAUUUACCCCCUGUAAUUGACAAGGCCAUGAUAAGAAGCCCAUAGCUACCCUAGGCAAGGAAAUAGUUGUUAAAGCCUUUUCAGCUAAAAGUUGACGAGACAGUGUGGUGGUCAGCUUUCAUUGCUGACGGUAGACUGCAGCCCAAAAGUUUGGAGACAACUGUGACAGAUGAUUUGGGAUGUUCAGAUAACCUCAUCUUGCCAAGAGAUAUGUUCAUUAAGUUGUCAAAGAACUGAAAUGUAUGCAUUGCCCAUCCAUCUGGCAUAUAAUUUAAAUACAGCUGAAUUCCUGACCUCAGAUAUGAUAUAAGCAUUUCUGAGUAGACGUGACUGAUAAAUUUGCAUAAACAGAGGCUCUUAGAAUAAAAAUACAUUUUAAAAGGAGAGUUAAAAAAAAAAAACACUUCGGAGAUCUAGACUCAUGACAACAUUGAUAGAUGGUAACAUACUCAAAUAAAAAAAAAUAUUUUACUGAGUACUAAAUAAUAUUUUUAAAUGUUUGCACAGGAUUUUUAGUACAAUUAAUAAAGUCUCUCUGUAGCCUGAAGAAAGGUGUCAGCAGUUGAAGUGCCUGAAACUGAGAUACCGAAUUCAUCACAAUGAGUUUUCUGAGGGCUGAAUAGAUAAUCUGCAUGAUUUUAAAUAUUAAAAGCCUUUGUCAGGGUAGAUAUGCCUGCAAAAAUGCAAGCUGGCAGUUACACAUGAUGAAGGUACAGUUGUCUGGGCAAUUCCGUAUCUGUGUUACCAAAAAUAUUAUAAAUAAAAACAAAUAUUGUUACCUGAUUUCAUUUUUUUUUUUAUUUACUUUUGCCAGGCAGCAGUACCGUCAUCAGUUCAGUGGAUUUCAGCGACACCUAACAUCUUAAUAUUUGAAACCCAGUCACACUGAUCUGAUGCUAGAUCCCAAACCUGCAAAGCCCAGGUUGUGUGUGCUGACCCUACAGGAACAGUAGUGCUGUGGAUGCUGCCUGUGUCCCCUGGGAGGCUGUGCAAGCAGCCUAGGCCCCCUCGGCUGUCCGUGGAGCUUCAGCAGACAGGCUGAUGGUUUGACUGAUAGGCUUGGAGAGAGGUUCUCUGAAUGCUGCAGGCUUUCGAAGUAGGCACCUAAAGCAGAACCUGAGGUUUGAAGCUGUCAAUACCCCUUCAGUCUUUCUUCAGGUCUCUCUGCAGGAACACUGCCGCACUCUCAAGGCUGCAUCUAGCAGAAAGGGAAGAAUCAUCCCUCUCUAUCUGUGCAGAAGGGCUGGUGCAUGGAUUUAAACUUCUACACAAGCAGAUGGCAAUAUUUUCUUUUCCCCUCCCUUUUCUCGGCACGGAGCUCAUCACUCUCUUCAAGUCACGAAUCUGGAGAUAUGUUUAUCAAGAGAGCUAAUAGCAAACCCUCCCUCUGCUGUACAAGCAGUUUAAAGAGUGAUGUAUUUCUCACACGCUCAUGAGCAUGCUGAAAGCCUCCUUUGCUCAUGGGCACUUCUGAGCAGCCCCUCAGUAGCUGCUUCUGCCAGUGAGGCUCUCGCAGGCACCCAUGUCACAGCGUGGGAGGAAAUGGCCCUACCUUCUAGCAGAUCAUCAAAAUCCACAUGGAUUUUAGUAGUUCCACAAGGCAGAAACUUCUGCCAGCACUCAGGUGAAGAAAAUGCAGACUUGUAGAUACCAGAGGUACAGGUGUUAGGUAUUUCUGUUCUGGCCAUGGGCCUUUCACCACUUCUUCUGCACAAGUACCACCCCACCCUCUGCCCAUUUUUUCCUUUCUCCUCCUACAGUUUCUCCAUGCAUGGAACAUUAUGUUCUUGGAGGGCAACAACAGCAGAACUCAUAUGUCCCUGUUCAACAAAAAUUAAGUGAAUGUAAAUCCAUGUCUUGAGCAGUUUGGUGCCCCUGUGCUUGCUUCCAGGUGUCUUGUGGGAGGGCAGAGCUCAUUCCCAGGGGACAAUUUGCUGGCUUUCCCUGCAAAGACUCCUUAAAUCUGUAAGCAUUUACAGGAUCUGGUCUUCAAUCCUUCUUUGUCUUUCAGUGUUAGGCAGGCUCAAGAGCAAGCUGAGGCACAACAGUGCUCCAUGACCCUUGUUCCGUUCACUGCAGGUCCUCCAGCUCGCAGUGACCACCCCACAGCACCUCCUACACAAACAGCCAGGUGUUCUGGGGUCCCCCUGGUGGCUUCAGGCUGUGCUGUGGGGAUUUCAGUGGUAUGAGGGGGUGAGCAAGUGCUUCUGUCCUCGGGAACUGAGGUGGGAUGAGCACCCCAGCCAGUGAGGAUGCACAGCUUUGUUGUCUUUGCUCAGGCCUCUAAGCCAAGCAGCACACCGUGCAGCAGGAGCUCUCUGAGGGACUCGGGGUGCCGUGGGCACUGCAAGGUGGGCAAAGGGUGGAACUGCCGCAGAAGAAAGAAAUGGAAAGCGGUUUCCAGUGUGGAUACACAGGUAUCAGAAAUUUUACUGAAAGCAGGGAGGGUCCCUGGGAGCAGCACGGAUGCUCAGAGAGGUGAUGUGGAGAGGCUGCAGUAGUCAUUGGGGUUUUGGGGAAAGGAGCGUGGGCAGGCAGGCACAUUGGGUUCAGUGGGAGACUGCUGCAAUGUAACCUUUCAUUAGUAGGCAUCCUUUAAAUUAGGUCAGUUUAGACACAGUCAAGGUGUCUUUGGUUUACAGAGGAAUUUGAAAAUUACUUAAAAAUAAGAUAAAUGCAGCCAGAAAGCUCUUAAGGAGUAUGGGAAUCAGUGACAAUUGGACCCAGUGAUCCCGUCUCUUCCAGGCCAGCUAUCAAUGCUGGUGCAUACCCCAAGGGCAGGACAAGGCAGAAGGAGAGUAUGGGAAGCCAUAGUUGUAGGAGAUGUGUGAUUUAGUGCUUUCCCUGCAGCCUCUCUGUGAAAUGCUUCUCCUUCACAGAACUCCCAGGGGAGGAUGGGAACAGCGUUGUCUCGCACCCUCAUUGGGAUGAUUUCUCUCUUCCCUUUCCCCCAUGUGACACAAGCAGGGAAAUUAAUAUUCCAAACCAUUAAGCCUGUUUGGUGAAGCUAGCACGUUGUUAUUUAAGAUGACUGUGAUUUUUUAAUUGUAUUUUUUUAAUUGACUCCAUCUAACUCAGCAUUUGAAAAACCUUGAAGAUCAUAUUAUGUGCACAAGCACAAUUAAUUUGUUUGUUGCAAGGACCCCAGUCAUAAAAUGUGUAAAUCCAAGGCCAUCGUGGAAUUAAGACUUAAGGUCAUUUAAGCAAUUCUGCGUGUGAAUAAAUAACAUUCAGCCUCCUGAUGCCCAAAAAGUAUCCAGGCAAAGCCCACAGAACCGAGGCUUUCAGCACAACACUGCCCUCUGGAGCAUUCUGAAUCACUCUCAUCACAAGCCAAACAAAGGACAUAAAGGAGAAAAAUAGAAAAAGGCCUUGGUCUCCAAUGUAAAAAUGAAUAGCACAGUGCAAUGAGUAAUGAAAGCAGCUAUACUGCAAAAGCAAUGGAAAUAUAAAGACAUUCAUCCCCGUCACAAAUACCAACAAACAUUUUUCAACAGUGAAUGGAAGGCAGAAAGAAAUUGAGAAUUUAGAACAGACCUGGAGAGAAUGGCACAUAAUAACAAAAAUGCUUUUUAAUUUUGCUCAGAGGUCUUGGCAGAAUUCUAACAAAGAAAAAUCAACAAGCUAUUGGGAAGGAAAAAAAUAAUUUGCUCUCUCAAAAAUCUAUUUUAGAUGCAGAUCUUUUACUGCUAGGCAUCCUUUCACAUUUUGGUAGUGUUUGUGUCAAUGCAAAGAUGAUAUGUUACCUUGUGCUGUCAAGAGCUUACCAAAAUAAACCUCAUCAACAAGGCAUUAAAUAAUAAUAUCACCUUUCCCUGAAGUUUUGAUAUUCUCUGUGAUGUACUUAUGCAUAUUUUUAAAAGAACAUAAAUUAUUGAUUCCCUCCUUCCAUCAAACCUGUCUAACCAGUGAAGUGUAUAUAGAAUGCAGUCCUGUACUGAGCUCUGUUAAAGAACAAUCUACAACACGUAAUUGAAAGCUUGGGCUUGAUAGAAGUGAAUUUCUUGAAUUUAUUAAAGGCCUAAUCUUGCAAACACAACCUAUAACCAGCAACAGCUUAUCGUUGCUGAUCCUUCUGAUAGCAGAUAUUAUUGUCAGUAAUACAUGUGUACAGAAUUGGAUUCAAGGAUGUAAGAACCACAUUGCAACACCAGCUUCCCAACACAGUAUGUUUCAGCUAAACAGAAUCAUGGAAAAGCUGAGGUUGGAAAAGACGUGGAGAUCAUCUAGUCUAAACACCAGCUCAGCAGAGGGUCAGGUAGAACAGGUUGUUCAUGGCCACAUCCAGUCAGCUUCUGAGUGCUUGCAAGGCUGGACAGUCCACAACCUGUUAGGGCAAUUUGCUCGAGUAAACACUCGCAAUAAAGAUUUUUUUUCUCUCAUUUUUAACAGGUAUUUUCUGUUUUCUGAUUUGUGCCUGUUUUCUCUCGUCCUGCCACUGAAGAUGGGAGGACCUGUCUUCUUUAAUUCCCCAGCCGGGCAUUUAUUCACGCCAAUAAGGACCCUCCUUAAGCAGUCCCAGCUCAUCAGUUUCUGCUCUCAGCCUCUUCCCAUAUGUCAGGUGGACAAAGCCCUUAAUUUUCUUUGUGGUCCUUUUCUGGACUCACUGCAGUGUGGCUUUGUCUCUGUUGUACCGAGUGGUCCAGCACUGGACCCAGCACUCCAGAUGGAUCUUGUUGGCACUGAGCAGAGGGUAGGGAUGCCAGCGCUUGACCUGGUGACCAGAUGCUGUAGGCUUUUUUUGCCAGAGGGACACAUUGCUGGCCUGUGUUCAAUCUGGGGUCCACCAGGACACCAAGCGCCUUUUCCACGAAGCUGCUUUACAGCCAGCCCUCAGCCUGUGCCGAUGCAUGGGGCUAUUCCUCCCGAGAGGAAUUCGUAGUGCAAUUCAACAUCAUCAGGAUAGUAGCUGCCAAUGAAAAGAGCUGAAAUAAUGACUUGGGAGUAAAUGACUUGUGUUGUUGUAGUUGAAAGAAAGGUUAUUUGAAUACCAGUAGACUAAGGGGAAUGGAUUGCAACAAACAGAAAUGGCAAGAAAAGGGAAACAGCCAUCCCCUGGUGAGUGAACGUCUGAUCAUAGAAACAGAGCUCCUGGAUGAUUCACUCAGGGCUUGAUCUAGUAGCUGUUUAAGCCAGAGAGAUUUUCCCCAAGGUUUUGGGGCACACUGAAUGAAACCCAAAUGUAUCAUGAAGAAAGGAAGAAGUUGCAUAACAAUCUUUUCUUUUUUUUCUAUCCUGCUAAUAACAAGCAGGCAGCAGAGUAAGCUUCUACAAACAAUGGGAAAUUCUGAAGGCAUCUCAUAAACUGAAUUUAGAAUACUAAAAUGUAAAAAUGUCAAGUACAGCUUUAGUUAGCCUCAGCGGUACCUCUGCAAUGCAAACAAUUAAUUAUGCACAUGAAUGUUUGCAGGACUGGUACAUAUAUGGGGAAGGAUAUUCAAAGUAAAUGAUAACACAAAUUCUAUUGUCCUCUCUGUUCCAUUCUAUUGUCCUCUCUGUUCCAUUCUUUUGGGAAUAAAAUCCAGUUUGGCACUACUGUAUUCAAAUACAUGUUUGAGUGUUUUAUAGAGUUGACCACUAUGCAAAAAGUGAAGAGAAAUGAUUAUAUAUUUUAUCCUAUGAGGCUAGUUAUGAAAUACUGAUGCUAACGUUGCAGUGUAUAAUAGAAAGUAACAGUUAUCAGACUUCAUCUGUAGUGCAAGUGUUUAACAGUUUAAUAACAUGUUUAAUUUCACUUCAGAUCCAAACAGAUAACAUGGGGUCAGCUUGGCUGAUUUGUGUAUCUGUGCAUGAAAGACUGGUUUUCCCUUUAAAACUGACUUUUCCAAAACAUGAGAUUGUAAAAUUUAUGAGGCAGAAGCUGGAAUUCAAGUAAGUUUUGCUCUUCACUGUAAAAACUUGGAAUAAAAAGUUUUCAGAAAACAUGUCCUGGUUGGAUGUGAGAUAGGAUUUUAAUUUAGGAUCAUGGAUUAGGGCCGCUCUUGGAAGAUAAUUUAUGAAGCAGAUUUGUCCAUUCAUACCUUCCUGAAAGUAGAAAUAGAUCACAGAAAUCUGAGAUGUUUGUUUUUCAUUUCAAUAUUUUAUUAGAAAAUCUAAAUUUCCUAUACAGCAUUCAAAAGUUUACUUAAUUCACUCUUUUGUAAGUAAUUAAUCUUAAAACACCAGAUGGGAAGAUGAAGAGCUCUUUGCCUCCCAUACUCCCUGUGCAAAGCCCUGUAUAUUCAGUGUACAGAUGCAAUGUAGAAGGGAUAAACUUAUUAUUUGUGAGUGUCCUUACAGAAAAAAUAAGUAAAUAAAUGACAAAGUAGAAAACAGUGAUCAGAAAUCACCACGGGACUUACUUUGUUUAUUUGCAUUGAUUAUACAAGUAUUUCUAUAUCAUCCAGACACAUUUUAGUGGAUGACAGCUUUUUUACUUGAGAUCUUUAGGAUCAUUUCUACUUUAAAUACUUUCAGAUAUAAAAUCUUUAAAGCAUUCAUUGAUAGCUUUGUAUAGUCAAAUUUGUCUUCUUAAGUCAGGCUUUCUAAGUGAUAGCAUUGUUAUCAUCAUCUAAUAUUUAAAGGAGCUGAAGGUCUUGUCCUCAAGGAUAUCAGUUUAACUCCAGCUCUGUGUAUGUAUUUAGCUAACUCAGAGGACAUGAUGUGGCUCAUAGUGAUUAAUAACUAUGGUCUUCAGAAGCUGGCAUCUUCACUGAGGUCUACAGUAUAUCUAAUUGAAUUGGCCCCACUGAAUUUAAUCUUGAGAUCCCCAACACACAUAAGAAUUAAGUACAAUUUUAAGUAUAGUUAUUAAAUUAUACUUUCAUUUGACUAGGAAAUAUGGGCAUGCAACACUUAAGUGACAUGAGAUGAAAGAUUAAUAAUAACUCCAUACAAAACAACUUACAACUUUUCUUUAUAAAUAGAAUGGCAAUGUUUAGAAAAGAUAGAACAAUUAUUUAAAUAUUUACAAAAUAUAGGCUAAGAGCGAGUCCUUAUUCAUUGUAAGUCCUUUGGUAUUAGUGAAAUCAAUAUACAGUUGGGGAUUCAGACUAUCAUCCAGGCAUACUGCCAGUAAACUGAAUGACUCUUUACCCUUGACUUCAAUAAUAUGAAGUAGAGAACAAAAAUGACUAUCGAGAUGCCUGUAAUUCAGACACUGGAAAGCCUGAAUAUAAGGCAGCUAUGUCAUACAUGUUGAUUCAGUGGAGUGGCAACAUACCCUUGGAGGUUAUAUCAAAGUAACGAGAAAGGGGCACCUACUCAGAGUGCAACCCAGAAGGUCUACAAACUAAACAAAGUAAAUAAAAGCUCACUAGUAAGAUACAAUGGGCACAGAAACCCUCUUCUGACCUUCAGCACCUGGAGGCUUUCCUGUCCAGUCAAGAUCCAGAACACAGAAUCCUCUCCUGAGGAUUUUAAAACAGGACUCUGGGAAUGAUUAGAGAUCUGAUAAUUCAAUCCCUCCUCAGGCUGAAGGAAUUCAAACCUUCAGUUGUUUCAUGCCACUGGACUACGAUAUAAUCUGUUGAAAUGGAAUCAUUGUUUGAUCAGUGCUGUGAGACUGAUGAAACCAAAAAGAAAGCAAACAUGGUAGAACUUGAUGUUAUAGCCCAGUGAAUAUACGUCUUUGCUCAGAGGUAUUGCCUUCCUGAUAAACAGACUCCUGUAUUGUUGCAUUGUUGCUGAUAAUCUUGGACCAGUGUCUGCAAAAAGCAUUUAUGCUUCUAAAGAUUUACUCAAGAUACAAACUGAUUUUCCUGGUAUCGAUAUCAGAGCAGAUAAAGAAACAGUUGGGGGAAAAAAAAAACAAACAAAAAAACCAACACACAAAAAUUGUCCUAAUAAUGGGAUUCAUGAUAGGAUUAAGGAAUGGUUAAUGAAUGAUUAGUGCCAAUCAAAAAAGUUUGAAUUAACCUAUAAAUAGAGAUUUCAAUAUUUCUGAUUAAAUUACAAAUGUUAAUUCUUAAAAGCAAUAUUGAUGAUAUAACGUACUUAGACUUCUGUGCAUCAUUUGACCUAGACCUGUACAACUUUCUGCUUCAGAAACAGGAUACAAAAAUAACUGAUUAAAGCCAUUGAAAACUAGGUAAAUGACAGAACUCAGCCUGAAACAGUAGAUGGGGAAUCUGCAUCAAAUAGGAUUUUUUUAAUGGGGGCUUUCAAGGAUUUGUUCUUGGCCUCAGAUGAUUUUGUUUUUUUUUUAUCAGUGACCUGGAAGAAAAAAAAAAAUCAUGACUGAGAAAGUUUACAGAAAUUGAGGAGGCAGUGAAUAAUGGGGCUGACAGAUCACUGAUACAAUUCAGAUUGUGCUUUUGACCAGGCACAAACAAACAGUAUGCAUCUUUCUCAUCUUUCUUCAGCUGAAGCUGUUCUUGAAGAACAGGAACUGCAUGCUAACCAGCAGUCAUUGCAAGGAUGACUUGAUGUCCUGGUAGAUAUCAGCCAAAUGUAGGCUCCUGGUGCACAAGUGUGGCUGAAGGAGCCAAAUGAAACCCUUCAGUGCACAAAUAAAACAGUGUGAACAGUAGUAAAGGGGCUGUGUCACUCCACAUUGGGUAUUGAUGUGACUGCCACCAGAUAACUGUGACCAGUUUCUGUCCUGGUGAAUGCUGAAAAGCUAAUCAAGAUUUAGGGAAGCCCACAGCAGCACUUAAAAGAAAGUCAUGAAAAGACUAUUUGGCUUGAAAGACUAAAAGAACUGUUUUAUUUGGGGCUACUGUUUAAUCCCAUCUGGGAAGGAAAAAUUCAUUUUGCUGACAGAUCAGCCUGAUACAGGCCAGCAGAAAGGCUGCUGAAAGAGUGACCCUACCACAAGUCGUUGGUGGCUUGGUGGCAUGUGUACAGGAAGGGUUAGGGACUGUGGUGCCUCAGUGCUGGGCCCUGUUGGAGUGAGUGGUUCUACACUUGUUCCUCUGGCAAAAGCUUUUAAGGACAGGCAGUCUAAAUUAAAGAAAGGAUCCCAUGACUCGGCUGCUGUCACUGCUCUGCAGUGCCAGGUGGACAAGAGAAAGAGAGAAGGUCAGGUUAGAUAAUCACCUUACAGUCUUGGUGCUUAUCUGAACCUUAUGUUUAUCAUAUCCUACCUCAAUCAUUCGUAUCAGCAGAACUAGUUUCUAGCCUCAUUAGAACAAACUGUCCUAAAACAUUUCAUAUUUAUCACAUCUAGUCAAGAAACAAUUCCUGGGGAAACUGCAUUUUUCCAUUAUAUUUCAGCACCAAGUCUAGAAGUGCACCAGCUUGCAAAAAUGAGGAUGGGGAAAAAUCCUAAUUAAAUUUCUCUAUUAAAAUAACUUAGUCCUUAGGGAGGAGGGUGUUAAGGUGUGGACAACAGGUUAUUAUGACUAAAACGGCAGAGCUGUCACCAUUUGUUAGCUUGUAAAUGACAAAAAUGCAAAAGAUAACAUUUUUAAUGCAGUAACCCACUGAAAGCAACCUUGCUUUUACAGGGCAUUUCCCAUGCAGGCUGCCUUCCAAUCCAAGCAAGCCAGAUGAAAGUUUGAGCACUAAAUAUUACCAGGUGAAAUGAAUUUGCACGGUAAUUGACCUCCUGCAACAUGUCACUAAUACAGUGUCCUUUCCCCUGGCUGUGGCCUCUAAUAGAAGUUUUGGAAGAAUAUUAACCUGGCUGUAUAUUAUUUUCUGGUUCAUUAAAUAUAAUAGCAAUUCUGGCAAAGCUUUUUGUUGAUGAGAGAGGUUUGGCCUCCACAAGAAAACGUUGUCACAAUAGUAGAUGCUAUAUCCUUAUCUAAUUUACUUACAACCAAUGCAAUUUUGAAUAGAGGUAUUAGAUGGCAAAACCACAAAGGACAAUUUAUAAUUUGCAGCCUACAAAGCUAUCCCAGCCCUCAACCACCUGCUUUGCCUCUAUUCCCAAACAUUCCUGCAAUCCCAGACACCUUUAAUGGGUUCUCUGUUGCAUAUCAGCCCUUGGCUCCUCUUCCCCUGCCAUUAGGACAAACUAUUUCGUUCUAAAGGUUUAAUUCUCCUUUGCCAACAGGAUUCUGAGGAAGGAAAAAGCUUGUCAUCCUUUUAGUGUUUUCACUCCCAUACUUAAAAAAGGCCCUAUAAAACAAAAGGGUCCAAGUGUCUGUUUUCAGUGUUUCAUCCAGUUUUAAAGCAUCUGCUGUUGCCCUCAAAGUAUCUCUUUCAGGUCAUUUGUAACUGUCCUGGUCUGACGGGCGGUGACAGUUCACCUUUUCUUAUCACCCUGCAGAUAUUUACUCAGUAGUUCAGUGUUUUUUCCCUGGCGUACUAAUAAAACACCUGCAUUUAUACAAGACCUUUUAUCCCAAAAGAUUUCAACAAGCUCUGCAAGCUGUAAAUUUACAGUAGUACUGUACAGGUAAUGUAGCUUUCAGUUCAGUACAAAAGACAGUAUCCAAAAUCUGGAAAUCCUGAUAUUCUAACAAGUGACUGCUGAACGCAGAAUUAAAGCAGAGGGUUGUGCAUUUUGGAGGCUUAGUCUCAGGUGUAGAGCUAGAUUAAAUUCCCUGCUGAACCCACACCCAAAAAACUCACCCAGGUUUCCUGUGGGACCUUGGGGAAAGUGCUGGUGCCCAGAUCUACAAAGUAUCUUGGCACCUGACAUGGGACUUCUGUGGAGCCAAAGCAAUGAAUUUCAGUGGUGUAGGCCUCAAAGCUAUGCCUGCCUCCUUCAUAAGGCUGUCAACACCUGCUUUUUUGUGUUUGUGGUGAUGAUGAAAAAUUAUCAGUAAUACCAAUACUGCUGCAUACCCAGAAUUUCAACGAUAUUGCCUAGACUGGAAAGUUGAGUGUUUAUUACACAUCCUUACCCACUCAAGACACAUAUUAAGUGUCCCCACUUAAUGUCCUUAUUAGGCCAACUCCAUGAAGCAGGAUUAGGUGAAGCUUAAGGCCAAGUGGCAGCAGUUUAGGUCAGUCUGGAUAGAGAGGCUGGAAGGAAACUGCUGUGCCAUUGAGCAGAUCCCUCGACGUGAAGGGCUGAGGAAGAAGGACCUUGAGUUGCAGUGCAGAGGACAUCCACCCUCAGUCCAGACACACCAUUCAUGCCUCACCCAUUAAAAAAAAAUAAUAAUAAAAUAAAAUAAAAAAAUCAGCUUUCUCUCCUCAGACUAGGAGGCUGCAUUAUACAGUAGCAUUCAAAGUCAGGAUUAUUUCCAAGCUUAAAAACCUAACAUAUUUAGGAUCAGACUUGGCCUCCAUCAAACAGAUAUCUAAAAUAAGCAGUCACUUUUUGAAUUUUGGCCUCAGUAGCAAAAGUGAGAUUUGGAUGACACCAAGUUAGAAAAUACAAACCUUUAUAUUGGAUUUAUGUCACAAGCCAAAUGCAAAUUAUUACUGUUCCUCAUUUUCAGUUACCUCUGGCUAUUUAAUCCAUCCUCCACUAAUUCUCUUCUGCAUUAUUGGUCUGGAAUGUAGUCUACAUGAUGAGAAUCAUUUAGUUGAUAGCACUUUAAACUCAUCUAUAAACAGCUUUUGAUGACUAAUAUGCAUUUUUCUGUUCCUGCAAUAAAUUUGUUUCAAGCAAAAGGAGACUGUUUGGAAACACCUUACAUUUCCUGGUAAAUCAGCUAUUUAAUAUUUAAUUUCAAGCUGUACUGGGAAAGUAAAUCUAAUUUUUUCUCAGGCUCACAUCAGAAGGGAAAAAAAGUACAAUAGCCGCAGAAAAAUAGACAGAUUUUGUAUUAUUUCAAUAUGGAUAUAUGUCUUCUCAAGCCAUAAAAAGAAUAAUUUUAUAUGGCUUUUUUUACAUUUUUCCAUCUUAGAAGACAGCCACUUUACAUUCAUUUAAUUUGAAUUCCUACAUGGCCUCUGCAAAUAAAGAGAAUGAAUAACCAAAUGGAAAAUGCUUUUGCUUACUCCCAGCCCUGGAAGUGAUUCAUUAUUUAAAGCAUUACCAUUAAAAAUGAACCAUUUCCAGAGAUAACAUGAAACAGGUAAUUCUUUUACAGGCAUCCUUACAACUACAGAAAACGUGAAUAUUUGUAUACUUGUAUGCUUUUGAGAGGAAUCCUCAGUAAUAUACACACAAAGAGACAUCACAGAUGUCUUCUAUCCUACAUUUUUUAUGCCAUUCUCAUGCUAAAUGGCAUUAGACUUUAGCAUACCUUUCUUUAAUAUUCUUCUUUUUGUGUUGUACCCAGUCCCUGUUUGCUUUUGCAGUCAAAACCAAAAAAGCCCCCACCUUCCACAGCUUCUUCUGCUAUUCAGUAUUAUAAAACCUCACUACUGCCACUUAGAGAUACUGGAUUUUACCUUGCUGCUUCAUCCUGCCCAAGGACAGAGUGCCUAAUUGUCCUGUUCAGCCACGUAUGAAGCAAUCUGGCCCACAGAGGUUGUACUGAGUAUAUUUUGUGUUACUGUCAGAGGCUCAAUACUUUCUUACUUGGCUGCAUGCAGUUGAACCAGGCAAAAACUCUUCAAGGAGCAACAAACUUCCUCAGGCAGGAGCUCAAGGAAGAGAAGUCCUGUCAAACUAAAAUAUUCUUUCCUCACUUAUCCACAAAGGCAGAAGCUGUGAUGAGGGAGGAUUCCUGAUGCAGGUGGGCUGUGCCAGGAGUGCAUGUGCAGCCACAGUUAUGGGAGGUGCCUGGGGUAUGACCAGCAUCCAAGAGGGGCAGUAGAUCUAAACCACACCAUCCAGGUCAUUUGGCUGAUCACGUUGAGUUUUUUCAUCAUUCUUGGGAUCUCUGUGUUCUAGUCAGAGAGCACAGUAGAGAAUUGCAUUAGUUAAAAUAGUUCUUGAAGCAGACAAGAAUUUCAAGCAAACUGCAGACUUAGAGCUUGCCAUUAAUAUUUUCAAAAGGUAAUGACUCAGCUCAGUCUUAUCACAAUUCUGUUGCAAAUUCAGAUUUCCAUCUUUGUUUCUGCUGACUUCACGCAAAGAUUUUGCUACUAAAAUGAGACUGUGUUUUCUGAUACAGGCCCUUGCUUCAUGCCAGUCAAGCUUUUGUGCCAGUGGAGUUGCAGGAUUGUCUGUGCUGUUCUGAGUACGUUAGGAAUGUAUACAGGAUAUUUAGUACUCAGAAAGUACCAAAUCAGUUCAAAAUGACCUUAUCUACUAAGUGGGGAUCAACCCCAAGAUUAAUACCAUGCAUAGUUGUAUGUGCUCUGUGCCCCAUGAGGGGCUGGUUUUAUUGCUUUAUAACACUUCGCAACCACAACCUCUACAUUUGCCAACUAACAGCCAAUAAUCCUUACAGACACAUUUUUUUUUUCCAUUUAUAUAUGCAAGACUAUCAUGCAUAAAAGCCUACAGCAUUCUGUAGAUAAUUUUAAAGAAAAUCCCCUUUCCUUGGAAUUCAGUCAGUAUCCUGAGCUCUUUUGGCACUUUAUCCGAAGGUUGAGAUACGGGGUCGUAUUUUUAGCUUUCAGGCCAAGUCAAAGAGUCUUACUCAUUUUAAGCGGCUGUUUGUGCUCUUCACCGUGAAGUAUGAGUGAUUCAUGGGUUUAGUCCACUUGGGCUCAUUUACAGUAAUGCUGUACAGAAGCAUAGUUUCUUGGUGUAAUGAAUUUCUCUCUCUUCUCAAUAGUCUAAUUUGACUGGCAUAAUUUGACUGACGUAAUUGCUGGGCUUUCUAUUAAGCAAAAUAGAAGUACAGAUCAUGUAUUCUAGUUAUUCAGAGGAUUCUCAACUCAGAUGAGGAGUACCUAAUCAAGUUAUCAUUCAGGUAAAUACUACAUGUACAAAAGUGACUUUCAUUUUACCAGCUGGAAUUGAUGUGAAGGGGGAUUUUUCAGCUCAUUUUCAUAGUUGCACUGAUGAGUUUGUCAGAGUUCAAUCAGGAGAGUUAUCCACACUCCUACAACUGUGUUGCUAUUCUCUUUCACAGUUUUGUCCCAUUCUAUCAUGAUAAAACAUUAAAAGACAGUGCCUUGUUUAUCAGCAGGAGUUUUGUCUUUGCUAUUCAAGGGGCAUUUUCACUAAUCCAAGCAACACGUUUCCCACCUGCAGUCUGCAAGUUGUAUGUUUCCUUACCAUUUGAUGAGAAACCUAAGUGUUGACAUUAUUUCUGUAACUUUUAAAAAUGUGUUUCUUUGUGAACAAUAGCUGGUGCCAUCACAGUGUGCAACAUUCUGGGCCCUAUCCCAAACAUCUGAUACGUUAGCACCAGUCAAUAGCUUGCCCUCCCAUGCUAUUUCCUUUCACCUCUUAUGAAGGUAACUCAAAGCCAUUGACCCCAAGCAAUUUUUACAGUGAAUAAAACUGACUAUAGAGCAGUCAAGGACUACAGAGUAUUUACGUAACAUCCUCUAUAUUUCUUGAUAACCCCAUACUUUUUCAGUAGUUCCUUAUUAAGGCAUGAAGUCAUAUGACAUUUUGCCUGGUUAAUCAAACAGGAGGUAAUCUGUGAAAGCAUCGUUCUUGAUUAUCGCCACACUACACUGGUAGGGUUGUUACAAUUACUUUGGAAGUAAAACUUCCUCUGGGGAACUCAUUCAACUGCCAGUCACAUCUUGCCGUAACUUAAGCCACACAAUUAGUUGCUCUUAAAGGCUCGUAUUUCAUACUGGCUUCUCCUUCAAUUAAAUGUAUUCAUUCAAAGCAGAUACUUUAUCAACUAUUAAAUUGUUGGGAAGUAAGUAUGAUGCAGAUCAUAUUUCUAUUCAAAUUAACAUGGUUCAAUAUUUGAAGUAUUUUGUGGUUAGAUUAUAGAGACAGCUGGAGGAGUUUAUACCAAAAUGCCUACAGAUAGCUUUAGUUUUCUGUUAGAGCUUCUUCAAUGACACAAAUUAAAUUUAUUUUAGCUACUAAUAAUAUCACACCAUAUGAUACUGUGUUAAAUGUUGGGCUUGAUCUCCUUUAUCUUUUAAAAUGCACAAGGAUACAGCAUAUAAAAUGCAAGAAAAGGGUAAAGGGGGAUGAUAGUUCACAAAUCAGCAAGGUUUUGUAGUUAAGGCUAUCUGGUUAGCUGUUUUACUAUGCAGCUUACACACCCCCAGUGUGAAGCACAAAAGUGUCAUCUGCUUUUUGACACAACUUAAAGACGUUGGCCUAAGUUAUGCAAAGACUGUGUGGGGGUUCAUAGCAAGAGUGAAAUGACAUAUGAAAAACUGUUACUAUUAAGUUGCACAUUUGCUGUUCUGCACUUUGUAUGUCGAUAGUGGAGGCUCUGUGCAUCAGCCCUCACCUUCACUGAGGAGUUACCAGAGCAGCUUCUGAAAACCCAGCCAGACAGCCUGGCUCUGCUAUCUGAGCAAACCAUCCUAUUUUCAUACUGAAAGGGUUGUUAGGCAUUGGAAUGGGCUGCCCAGGGAAGUGGUUGAGUCACCAUCCCUGGAGGUCUUUAAAAGACGUUUAGAUGUAGAGCUUAGUGAUAUGGUUUAGUGGAGGGCUUGUUAGUGUUAGGGCAGAGGUUGGACUUGGUGAUUUUGGAGGUCUCUUCCAACCUAAAUGAUUCUGUGAUCCUCUCUGGUUUGCUCUGCACCCACUGUAGAUGCUCCACUCUGCUGUUCAUAAAAAGUUCCUCUAAUGCACUAAAGAACACAUUUCAUAGUCUUUCUUUCUCCUUGCCUCAUCUCACGCCAAAAUUAUCUAAGGAUUUCUUUUCACUAACAAAAUGUUUGCUUAUGUUCAGAAGGGCUAAAAUAAUUCCUCUCUGUUUCUUCUUGGUUGUGUCAUUGAAUUUAGCCUUGUUUCACAGUGGUGCCUAUACAAUACCAGUAUUACACGUAACCCUGUGAACUCAUUUAGGGAACAUCUUGUUUAAAGAGCUGAGAUGUUUCUUUCAUUCCCUGCUACAAGCCACUAAGAAUAAAUCCUAUUAAAAGUAAUGCAAAUUGCUGUCGUUAAGAAGAUAAUCCUGUUUGGCCUACAUAGAGUUCACAUUUUUCUCCAGCAAAACAUUACAGAUUCUUGGUUUGUUCAGCAAGAAGCACAUAGGCUAUGCUGCCAUCACUGAUAAAUAACACACUACCUUCUUUUUAUUUCAUACCAGCCCUCAAAAUAUCAUUGUUUUGUGCAAAACAACUAUAAACCCCAUAAUCAGCCUAGUAGAGUUUGUAGGUGAGAGUUACGUGAAGCAGGGAUCACUGGUACCCUGUGUAUGUGGUCUCUCACUGACCUGGGCAAAUUUGCACACAUUCAUUAUACCCCACAGUUCCCAGCACAUACAUUAAUUCUAAUAAUAUAUUAUACUGUGUAUUAUACAGUCAUUCAUACUGAGAUAUUGUCAGUGGGGAAAUGACAGCAGAUCCUACGACAAAAGAAUCUGAGGUUCCAAAACAAUGAUUACAUGGAAGAUAGCACUGUCUGUCUAAAUGAAAUCUGAAAGACUGGCAUCCCAUAAUCGCAAUUCAUAGUCCUAAAAAUAUCAUGCUGUCCUUUCUGAAAGUAAUAUAACCAUCAUAUUAACUUACUCUGAACAUACUAAUGGAGGGUUUGACUUGGAAAUGGAAUAGAUCAAACAAAGAAGUGAUCUGCACGUACUUCAAACAUUAGUUUGAAAGUCACCAUUUUUACCAGACCAUUCAGUUUUAUUUGGAAGCAGAAGACUUCAGCCGAUGCUCAUAGCACGAUAUUAAAUGAAAGUUGGAAGAUUAUUUUAAAUCACCUACAUAGUGUUUCGUGUAUGGUUCAAGACAGCUUUGUCAAUAAUGUGUAAAGUGCUAGUCAGCGUGAUCUGGAAGAUAGAGCAGAGUGCACUCUCAGCAAUUCUGCUGAUGACACAAAACUGAGAGGAGUGGUGCAUACACCAGGAAGUUGUACUGCCACCUGGAGGGACCACAACAAGUUGGAGAAAUGGGCUGAUAGGAAUCUCAUGAGGUUAAACAAGGAAAAUUGAAAAGUCCUGCAACUGGGGAGGAACAACCACACGCACUGGUACAGGCUGGGGCCAACUGACUGGAAAUCAGCUAUGUAGAAAGGGACCCUAGGGUCCUGGUGGACACCAAAUUUAAUACAUGCCAACAUUGUGCCCUUGCAUCAGAAACUAAUGGUAUCCUGAGCUGCACUGUCAGCAAGCUGUGGGAGGUGAUCCUUCCCACUCAGCCCCAGUGAGGUCAUACCUGGGGACAGACUGCUCUGGAUGGUCCUGCUUGAGCAGGGGGCUUGUAGCAGAUGGUCCCUUCCAACCUCAACAAUUCUGUAAUUCUGUGAACCAGAACUCUAUUACUAUGGUUAGAGAUAGUCAAGAGAACAGAGUUUUGAUGACUUCUGCAAAGAUUCAGUAUUUUACUCAGUGAAAAUAUGUCCCCAUUAUUUUAAAACAAAAGUGUGAGUUUGAUCUAUUUUAAGACAAAAAAAAAAAAAAAAAAAAAAAAAGGCAAGAGAAGCAGUGGCUUUCCUUGGGUGCCAUAAGUGUUGUGGAUCACAAGAAAAAUUGCUGACAGUUUUGCACUUCUUCCUGGCUAGACUGAGACUGUCCCAGAAGCAGUGGGAAGCUCAUCCUACCUCCUAGUAAAACUUAGACUUUUCUUACAGACCUCAACCAAAAGACAAAGUAGAAAAUUUUACAGGAGAAUAAUUUAUCUGUAGAACUAUAAUAAAUAUUUGAACAUUACAAACAUGGAUUCAUUAGCUUUCCAUGCCCUGAUGUAUGUUUCCGUAGUGAUGUCAGUCAUUAGAAAUGUCAGUUUUACUGUUUUCCUUAUGUUUUGUGUAUUUAACAGAUGUUGACUUCCUAAAGAUCUGGUCUUAAAUAUUCCUCCCUCCUAUGCAUGUAAUAUCCCUCAUCACAGUCAUUUUUUUCUUCCAUUAUGGCUCUCUCCAGACUUGGGAUCUCUUAUCAAAUCUUGUAUAUUUUUCAUUACACUUUAGGGACAGAAGGAAAAAAAAAAAAAAAGUAUUUUCUCCAUCAGUAGUAAUCUCUCAAUGUUGCAGAUUUCAUUGUAGCUUGGCAAUGCUUCCUACUGAUUUCACAUAUCUGAAGUGGUAGAUCAUCAUUAAAUGAUUUUUUAUAUUAUUCCACGUCUACACCACUGAAGGAGUAGUUGUUUCCAUCAAGAAAUAUUUCUGCCUCUGUUUUCAGUUAUUUCAGUUAUUUAACAGAAAGUACAACGUCCCAUCUCCUUUCAAGAUGGCAGUAGUUUCAGCCCCCAUCACAAAGUUCUUUUGUCAUGUCAUGACUUCCAACAAAAGCAACUUAAAACAAAUAAACAGUAAGGAAUAAGUCUCUAUAAAAAUUAGUAACUCAUAACAAAUCUAUUUCCAGAUCUACUAUAUCAGAAUCAUAGUUUGCAUAUUUUCUGCCAACUGCCAUUUGCAAAUCCCUAGGAUGGUUUUCAUCCAACUGUGAUCAUAACAAACCUUUCCAUCUGUGUAUUUUUCUAAGAGAAAUCUUCAUCAGAAUUGUUCCCUAGAUGCCUCUUGGGCUCCAGGAUUCUGAGAUGGUUCCAUCAUUCUCAUAGGAAAAGUGAUACAACAUUUAAGGAAAUGUUAUAAUUGAUCCUUAGGUUUGCUCAGCCAUGAUAAAGAACAGAUCAUUUGCUUUGAAAAUUACUUUAAAAAUUAUAUUAACAAUAUUAUUUCAUUAAGUCAUUCUAAGUUCUAAAAUAUCUUUUCUAACACACAAUAUAUGUAGAAUAUUUGUCACUUUGAAUCUACAAAAAGGUGAGUCUUCGAGUUUGCUGGUUCAGGACACAAUUCUUUUCUUCCAGCAACAUGUAAGUGGCAAGUGGGACUAAGGGAAUGAGAAACUUUCCAAGAAACAGGGCUAAUUAUGAAAGGAGUAAGGACUAUCUGAAAAAUGUACCACAGCUUCUUUUAAUAAGUCAUCAUUUCAAGUAGGUCAUUAAUAAAAAUGUCCAUUUCCCCACUUAUAGACUGAAAUAAACAUAUCAAAAGUAAAACACUUAAGCAAGUUUUAAACUUCAAGAGUAUACUGACUAAAAAGACCUGCAGAAUCAAAGCUCAAUAUGGGUAGGAAAUUAUUUUGCAGCACUAGGACUUCACUGUAAGAAUGCAAGGACAAGCCAUCUGCUCUGAUCCAGGCAGGAAUAUUAAUCUACAUGAGAGAUCUGACUUAAUACCUUUAUUUAUUAUUUUCUAUGAAGUUAGCCAAGCAAACGUCUUCAUAUCAGGAUUACCUUGCAAAUCCUGUAAGACCUAUUUCUCGUGUGAGGCAUCUUGCCAAUAACGGAGCAGUAAAUACCAUGCCCUGUAUCUGAGAGGUAAAGGAGGCACUAUACCAAGUAACAUUAGCAGGUUCCAGUAUCACAGGAGAACGACAUCAAGACAUCAAAAAGAAAAGAAACAAAUACAUCUAUCAGACACCAUAACACACAAACAACAUCCAGCCACAUCUACAAGGGAAUUCCUAGGGCCAGAAACACACUUCUAAUAUUAUGAGGGAUGCUGUUGUCUCUAUCAUGUGCUGGAGGCACAUCUAUCUAGCCAUGUGUUGUUGAUGAAGGGGCUGCGGAGAGAGGGAAGGAAGGAGGCAGCGAACACGUCACAGGCUGACAAACCAGUGAAUUCAACCAGCAUCCCACUCCCUGCUCCUGCCUUCAGCCUCUUGGAAAAGAGGCUGCAGGAGGAGGUUGUGGGGUAGGAAAACAGUUUAGGCAGGCUGUAUCCAUGUAGUAGGUCAUAUUUUGGAGAAAAUCUAGCUAAACUAUCAAAGAGUUUUAAAGGAAACCACUCACAAGCAGCACUCACACGUGUUGGUGAAGAUAUACUUCUUUAUAUCAUAGCUCAUCAGUGAGAAUAGAGAAGCACCUGCUCAUUCUGAUAAAGACUAAACAGCCUUAAAGUCCAAAACAGCACUAAAAUAAAUUAAUAUAUUAUGGAGAAACUAGUACCACAGUCUAGAAGGAAUUCCCGGUAACACUCAUGAGGAAAUCAAAAAAGACAAUGUUACCUCCACAGUGGGAAUGGAAAUCUGAGUUCUCAGCCCUGGCACUGAUCUUCCAGCUGAUUUUGAAGCAGUCACUUCACAACCUCGUGUUUCUAUUUCCCUAGCUUUAAAAUUCUGAUAAAAAUCAUUGCCUUAUUUGUUAAAUACUUUUGAGAUCUGAUGUUAUUGAUAAAAAUCAAGGCAAGUGUUUAAGAAGAGGAGAGGUAAGCAGUGGUAUAUAAUCUGUUGCUAAAAUCUUUGCUGGGGAAUUAGAGUAUAGAAAGUGUUCUGCUACUCCUUUGAAAAGAUACUCAUACUGUGAACCCAAGAAUUAUGGAUCAAUAAGAUUUAAUCCAAUCCAAGGUCAAUUCUAAAUGUAAUAAAUAAUUAAAAACAAAAACAAACAAAAAAUCACACACACCAAAAUAGCCUUUUAAAUCUAUUAGAGUUAUUUUAAGGAGCAGUUGUUGACAGUUGUUUAUUUACUAGCUUUACUGUAAGUUUGGACUAUUGACUCUGGGAGAAAGACUAAUUUUUUGGAAGUUCAAGGCUCCUCCAUCUGAAUACUCUGGAAUAAAAAGCCACAGUGAUGAAUUUUAGACUAACUGGAACCAUACAAGAGGAACACCUAGGUGUCCUGGUAAAACACCUGCUUAUUUUGGAGAACAGAAAGAGGAAGGAGAAAAAAAAAAAAAAGAAAAAAAAAAAGCUUAGGCAUAGAAAAUAAUAACCGUAUAUGUACAUCUCUAGUCCACAUCCUGAGCUAACCUUCACAAAAUAAAAGGUGAAGAUUAAGAGGAUCAGCAACAGUGAUUUCUGGGAGAGAGGGAGGAGACUGGAAUCCUGCCCAUAAGGUUAUAACAAGAAGGGGUCUGGGACAAACUUUGCCUUUUAUUUUGUACACAGAAACACGUAUGCUGCUGAAACACAGUCCUUCACUUCAGAUGGCCUGUAGGACACACUCAUGAAAUACAGUACUGAAAAUGCUACAGUGUCAUCUGUACUGAUAUCACAGUUUCCACUCGAACACCGUGGUAGAGCUCAUGAGUAAAGCUGUUUAAUUUCCAAUAAUUUUUGUGUUCAUGGUAAGAUCUACCUUUUAGCACUCAAACUUUCAGAUUGCCACAAUAAAUAUAAAUUUUCUUCCAAGAGUUCUUUUAUUAAAUAAUUUAGAUUUGUAGGCUUACAAGCAGUGCUAUGUUGAUGAAAUUUGGUAAGAUGCAGAUUUCAGCCCUGGAGCAAAUGUUUUAGAAGACUUUGAAAAUACAUUUCUGGGAACUGUGAUUUGAUUUAAAAGAUAUUUUUCAGAGAGUGGGAUGGAGGAGUGUGUUGCAUGAGAUGAAUAAUAUGAAAAAAGAAAUCCUAUCACUGCAGCAAAAUGCAGUGGAUUUCAGAGAGGAAGGUGAUGCCCUAUAACAUAUUCUGUAGGAAUGCUGUAAUUAGAUGAAGCUUUUUCUGAUAUCUAACAUACUGCAGCAAGAAAACAAAGCAUAAAUUUGGAGUUUAUUGAGCAUUUAUACAUGGGAUUGUGCACCGUGAUACAAGCAAGGAAAAUUAGAUUUGUGUUUCUGUAUUAGUAGAUCAAAAAGUCGUAGAGCUCCUAUGGUCAUGGAACCAUUGUGAUUACCAGCUCCCAAUAAAUGCUUAAGGUUUAUUUGAUGGAUAGACUUCUGUUUCCUUGAUAGAAACAUCAGAAUAAGUUAUAUAUAAUAUAUAAUAUAUAAUAUAUAAUAUAUAAUAUAUAAUAUAUAUAUAUUAUACGAUAUAUAUAAUAUAUAAUUAUCCAUGUUUACUUAUUUUGUAUUUCUUCUCAUUAAUAAAUAAAUAAGUCCCAAAUAGUAAAAAUAAUAAUAAUAAUAAUAAUUCUGUGUAAAACAACAAAAAUAUUUUGUUGGAGAGCUCCUACUUAGACAACAUAUUAGCAAUGAAAAAAUACUGUCCUUGUGCAAGCAUUUGCAAAGCAUUUUUAAGGACAACUUUAAUAUUACAUUAAAUAAAAUAAAGCAGCAUGAAAACUCUUUGCUAUAGUGUUUUUUAAUAGCAGAAUUUACUAUAAUUUUUAGACAAUCAGGUUUCCUGAGUUCUAAAAAGGACAUGAAUUUUUUCAACCUAGCCUUUGUGAGGUUCAGGGCUGCCAUAAAGCACAAGCCAUUAAGAUAGCAGUUCUCAACAAGUGACAGAAAUAACAGUUCACUUUCUCACAACAAAAGCUGCUGAAGUACUAGCAGCAUUUUCUAAGGUCUUUUAAAAUACCUUAAAAAUAAAUCUAUAUAUUUAUUUACCUACAGUAUACUAUAAAAAUCAUGGGCAUCCUCCCUUAUAUUUUUAGAAAUAGUAGCAUUUCAGGAUGCCAUGACUAAGACAUACCGAUGCUGUCAGAAGUUAUUAUUUGAGUGGCUUAAAGAUGUCAAAAACUAUCUCCUAACUGAUGGGAAAGGAAUUCAAUAAGAGACAAUUUCAAGACAAAAAAAAAUGACCACCUUGUCCUUAAAUAAGAAAAUGUUGUUAAAUUGGAAAACCUCAAUUAAAUUAGAAGCUUAUGGCUUAGUGAUGAGCUGGACUACAAACAGAUGCCUUUUUAAGGAGAGAGCUUUUAGUAAUACUCAUUUACCAUAUAAGAAAAUGACACAAGGCAGAACUUUGUUAAGGUUUAUUUUACAUAAUGGCAAUUUACCCAUGGGAGCAGUGCUUAUAUGCAAAUUGUAUCCCCAAGUGCGAGCUGCUCUCCUUGGCAGGGCAUCGAUUCUUCCAGUGAUGGCCGGCAGCAGCUGUGUCACUGUCCUCAGAGGGACAAAAGAUGUAUAUUAUCCAGGUUUUGUAGCAGCCUGGCCACUACCUCAGAACAUCUCCCAGCCCAUGGACCUCCAUCCCUCCUAAAAUGGCUGGUCCCCAUUAGAGCUGUAGACUGGAAAUGCAGACAAUGGUCUCAGGAUCCAAGAUUUAUAGAUCUCAUCACUGCAUCUGUCCACAGAUCCAGACGUCAGACUUUUAUCUUCCUUUCUGUUUCCCUAGACCACUUCAGUUUCAUAUCAUUCUUUAGUUUAUCAAUCUUAUUUGAGGAAAAUAAUAGAAGAUAAUCUCUUAGUUUCCAAAAACUCACCUUCACCUCACAAACAACUAGUAUCUUACACUUCUCUCAUUGAAACUACUGCUUGUAUUGAAAGGAUGUUAGUAUUAAAUUAGAAUGACGCUCCUAGGGAGGUACAUGCAUUAAUUUGAGCACCCAAAAUGUUCAACAUGAUUAAUGUGAUUGCAACCAAUGACAAGGUAAUUUAAAAUGAUUACUAAAAAUAUCACCAUCACACAUGUUAUUUUUAGAGUAUCUCCAGCAGUAACAAAACAGCACAGAGCUGGGCACAACUUUCACAAACAGUGUAAGAUGUGAAAUCUAAGAAGAAUAAAUUAAGUUACUGGCAUCUGUCUGUCUAGAAAUAGAAUCAUCUUUAAGAGUGCUCUCUAGAGAGAAGGAAAACACACACUUUUGAAAAUGAGUCAAUAUUUUCAAAAAAGCCACGGAUUCUGAGAAUGUCAUAUUCUCGUUACCCAGCUUGGACACGUGAAUGCUGGGUGUUUCCCUGAGCCCCUCUCCAUAGGCAGUUAGUUUCAAGUCCUCUGUCAACACAUUUUCUCUCAUAUUUAAAUUGGCUUCAUUUAUUUAUUUAUUGACCCCAUCCAUUUCCCUCCCUACUUAGUAUCUGCCCAACACUAAAAGAAAAAAAAAAAAUGGGUUUGUUUUAACCCUCAAUGUUUCUUAAAUGUUGAGUGGAGGGGAACAACCUUUAUUUUACACAAUAAAACUCCUAUUAAAUGAUGCUUAGCAAGACCUGCAAGGCCUAAGUUGUUAAAGUCACGCUAUUUGGAGAUCAGAGAAAAAAAUAUAUAGAUCAGCUUCAAUGAAGCCAUACACUCACCAAAUCUUGAUUCUAUGACUUUUCUUAAUUUUCAUUAAAAUUCUCAGAUGAAUUAUUCCUGGACUAAGGAGGAUACAUCUCAAAAAGUCUCAGGAAAAUCCAAUUUUCUCUUCUGUUUUUCCAAGGGAAGUAAUAUUUUCAUAGAGAAGCACAUUAUCAAGAAGUUAAGGCCAGCAAUUUACUUAAUUCCAGAAGAUGUGAUAGUAUACAGUUAUAAAAUAUAUCAUGGCCAAAAGGUAAAGGCCACGUUUCAUAAUGUUUUCAAAGAACAUAUUUCUUUUUAACUAAGUUCUUAAGUGUGUAUGCAUUACUGCUUCUAUUAGCAAUAUUCAUUGAUUUGUGUAGGCAAUGAGCUUUACAGCUGUCUACUUGUUUUAUUUGCUUGGUAGAAUUUUGUCAUGAAAAUUCCAGUUACAUUCUGGUAGCAGCACAUUCCAGCAGCACUUCUUCCCUCACACACUUCUUGCAGGUUCCUACUCAGGAAAGCACGAGUGUGGUAAACCCUGUUGGUCUCAGCAGGCUUCAAAAACAAGCUUAAAUUAAAACACAUGUACAACUGUUGACUUAAAAAGAGAUGGAUUCAUGAACCUUUUAAAUUUUAAAGAGUGUAGGGGCCACUGUUAUUUACAUCUAUUGUAUUAUUUUGUCUUACACCUGGUAUUGCUACCUGCUGCAGAAAUUCCUGUGUAGUGGCACAGGAAUUGUGCCACUUGUGGCUGGUGGGAGUCUACAAAAGCCUGAAGAUAAGUUGGUAAGCUCAAGUUCUUUAAAAAGGUCUGAGUAAAGCCUCAAUCUUGCUAAAGAGUAGGAGAAUUUUAUUGUUUGUCUUUAUACCAUAUAAUGUGUCUUUAUAUCACUCUAAAUGCAAGUCAGUCAUGACUAAGGACAGCAUCUGGAUGCUGUUCAUGCAGCAGACAUUAAUGAAACCAUGUUAUUUCAUAAAGAUUGUUCCAUUUUCAGUGUCUGAUUGAAGCUGGUUUUUGUCAUUGAUAAGGGCUGUCAAGCCCUGUAGAACUGUAUAAUUAUAAACCCAGAGAACCAUUGAAAAUCAAUAUGGUCCAACUGAAGUGAUUCUACAAAUGUUCAGGAUGUAAUGGACUGUGAUAAAUCGUUCAAAAUUCCAUACAUUUGGUAAAAAAAAUAAAAUAAAAAAAAUAUGUCUGUAAAUAUGCUUGGUAUUAACUUCUGUAGAACUUUACAUUUAGGUGCAGAGUUUGUCAUAUCUGUUGAAUGAUUUAACUAAUAUCUAUUAAUAUCAAUAGGAUAUUGAGAAAAGCAGGAUAAUCCAUUAUUUUGAUCCAUCAGAACAGGCAGUGUUUCUGUAUCUCCUGUCUUCAUGACUGUACAUAACUGUUAGCCUGUUUUCAAGACAGAAUCACAUCGAGGAAACUUAUUCUAACAACUUUCUCCACCUUCAGGUAAGUACCUUUUGUUUUAGUCAAAUUUGUUUAACCAAAUCACGUUGUAUAUUGUAGUUUGACCAGUCUUGGAAUUUGUUUUCUCUUAGAAUUUAGGAUUACAUAUUGCAGCAUAAUUGUCUCAAAGCCAUGAACAGGUCAGAGCUGCAAAUGCAUUCACAAAUUAAUUAAUUCCCAUACUGAAAACAGUUAAAACUUGCUAAAGAUUUGUCAUUUGUAUUAAGCUCACAGGCAUACAAAUAGAUUAAAAAAUCAUGUAAAGUCAUUAAAAUGAUGUGAAUGACUGAAGACUACGUCUCACGUAGUGAGACUCUGUGCCUUAGACCUCCAUUUUACUACUCAGAGAUGCCAUCUUUAAGACUCAUUUGUGUUCUAAAGUUUUCCUACCUGAAAUGUCUGCCUGACAUUCAAACUAGGAUGGAUGGAUGGAUGGAUGAAUGGAUGGACGGACAGACGGACAGAUGGAUAGACAGAUAGAUAGACCUAUUUCUACAAAUUCUUUUUCCAAAAAAGUCAACAUGGGAUCACGUAAAUAUAUCUGGCAACAGCUAUAAAGUUAAGUGUUGAUCCUUAAAAAACUCUAAUCCUAUCUGGGAGGUGGUCUGCUAAAACUGGUCUCUUUCAAUGACAUGGAGAGAGCAUUGCUGUACAUUUGCAUCAUCAAGAGCUCUCGAAAAAAUAGUGAACUAAACAACUGUCCUUACCAAGACAGUGUAGAGAGGAAGAAGAAUGACUUGUGCACCUUUAUUCAGCUGUUAAUAACAAGUAAAACAGACAGUUAUUACAGGUUUGCCCAAGGAAAUACAAUAAUACACUUAAAAUGAAUUUUCUCUCUUCUCAUAACUUAAGGAAUAAUUUUUUCUCUGACUGAUAGGUAACAACCAUGCUCAUGUUAAAUAUUAUUCCAAAAAUAAUGCUAGAAUUGGAUCUUCAGUCACUAGUUCUCAGUUCUAAUCCAAAGCAAUCUAUUUGUUGUGAACUACAUCAUAAUAAAUUCAGUUUUACAGCCUCGGUAUGAUAAAUCCUCAUUGAUUUCUUUUUGAGUAAUCAAGUUUUAGGCAUAAGUUUUUAGCAUUUUUUAAACUCACUGGCAUCACUUCUCUAAUAUAAGGGGAAAUAAAGUGUGAAAUAGAUUGUCAGAUUCAGCUAAAGACCUACUAACCCUGGAAAUGUUAGAUGUUUUAAAGUCUUUCAACUGUUUUAUACCCUUCCCCCUACCCACGCCCCCCCAAAAAAAAAAAAAAAAAAAAAAAUAACUUCAGACUCCAUAUUUUAUGGUCACUAAUAUGAGUAAAUGAAAAACCUUCCAAUACAAUAUGCUGCACUUCCAUUCUCACCUAUGACUUCAGAGACCAGAGAAGAAUUAAAAUUUUGUGAGUGAAAUUUGGGGCCCAUUGAGUCAAUGACAAUUCGUAAUUCAUUCACUAAAAAUCAAGAAUUCUACUUUGAAUUUUUGCAGAUUCAGUGACUGCAUUCAUACUGUUAUCCAGUAGUACUGGCAAAUUUAUAUUAUGUCCACAUGAGUGUAUUAAAAAUGUGUUUUCUUAAAACAAAAUUUGGACCAAACUUCUGCAAUACAGCUUUGUUGUUUUGUCAUUAUUUAUUUAUGUUUUUACAUAAUCAUGUACUCAGAUGUCUUAUGUAGUCUAUCACUAUUGACAGAGUAUUUCCAAAUUUUGGAAAAAUUAUAUACUUUCCCCUUUCCAUAGCAAAUACUGAAGGUUUCCAUUAAUAAAUAAAUAAAUAAAUAAUGUAACUAUGUUUGUUGUAUCAGAUAUUUAAUCUAACAUUUUAUUUUAUUUCUAGUUAUUGUACUUUAAUGGCCUAACUACUGACACUGCAGUAUAUUUUACAGCUCUAAGUAAGGAAAUAGCAUCUUAUGUAUUUCCCAGAGACACAAAAACUUCCCAUUCUAGCAUCCCAUAUUUUUAGGCCAUUCAGUUUCAUUUAAUGACUACUAGACAGAGCUGAACAACUCAUGGUCAGAAAAGAAAUCUAGAAAGAUAUUCAGCUGUGUUUCAAAAGUAAUAAAAAUGAUGAACUGAAGCAGAAACAAUGAACUGUCAUACAAGAAGAUUAUGGUGGAGCUGAAAAUUGAACUUGGUUCUCCUGGGUCUCAAGCUAGCUGCACUAACACCUUAUCCUUUAUUCCACUCUACCCAAGGCAUUCUCCAACAAAAUAAGGGAGAAAUCUCUCUGAGGGUUUAAAAAAUGCUAGAGCUGAUGAAAUGUUCAUAACUAACUCAUCACCUUGGCAAGUUCAAAAUUUUGCAACAAAAAAAAAAUAUUUAAGCUGAAUACCUGCCAAACCUUACCAAAAUACAAGUGGUCAAAUGAAGGCACUGGUCAACUGCUUUUGCCAAAGAUUGUUUCCUAAAUAAAACCCCAGAGGCAAUCAGAGGUGUAGCUUCCUGGUUAUUAUGAAAGCUGGGUCAUUUGGGUUUUUACUCAGAGGUCUGUUUUUUUUUGACAUCCAGCUUUGCAAAUAUCAUCUUGUGUCUCCCCCCUUUCUCAGAAUGAGGUCGGAGGGUAGUCUUGCUCCCAGUGCUAAGCAAAAGUGCUGUUCUGCCACAAAACAAAUUGUCCCAUUCCCAGAAGAAAUCUUCUGCAGGUGAAAGUAAUUCCAAACAUCCCCUGCUUUCAAUGUAAAGAAAAUGCAGGAGCAUCAUGCAUUGAGUCAGUGACCUCCAUCAGGUUGCCACAACUACCACAUGCCUUUGCCUGGUGACCCUAGAAGAGCACAGCAUUUGGUGGAUAUCUGGGAGGGUGCAAGAGGCUUUCACAUGGCUUACCUUUUUCUUUGCAGAUCAAACAGCAAACUCAUUUGGCUUGCCUGGAAACACAAUUGGGCUAAAAUGCAAAAUUUUCUCAGAAAAUUAAAAGGACUAAAUGGAUUAGAAUGAAAGCUAUUUCAGUCUUAACCUUUAAAUUCCAUUAAUGUGAUGUCUCCAUAACAUUUCUUUGUUUUAUCUCCCUAAGGCAAACAUCUUGUGUGCAUCCAGCUGAGGAAUGUGGCCAGGCAUUGGGCAAAUCCACAAGAGGAAAAGAGGAUUCUUUUCCAUCAGACACCCAUUCAUUUUAACUGCCUCCACACUCCCUUAGCACGAUAUUUGGCAGUUCACAACGAUGCACAGGGUUCCCCUGUCCUGUUUUCUGUCCUCUGUGAUGGAGGCUAUGACUGUUUGAUUUGUGUGUUUUUAGUGUUUUGGGGUUAUUGUUUGUUUGUUUGUUUACAGUGAAUGGUACUGUACAGUGUAUGUUUUAUCUAAAAUAAUACAGUGGCUACAUGGCAGAGGAUAAAGCACCAGAAGGUGAGGAAGGAUCAGAGAAAGGGAAGAAAGAAGAGGGAGAAGAAAAAACAAACAAACACAACACUGUUUGUUAGGUCAGAGGUUGGACUCGAUGAUCUUGAGGUCUCUUCCAACCUAGAAAAUUCUGUGAUUCUGUGACUGUGCUUUCCUCAAAUGCAACUGUGCUUGUUCAGUUGAAGAAGGAGAUGAUUGAAAGGAGCAGGGCACAGGAAUGGUGUCAACCUCAGGGGUUGUGGAAUGUUGGAAGCUUUCCAGGGAACUCAGAGGAGCUCCCACAAAAGGAGCCACGGAUAGCUGCUGGAUUGAAAAGCAAGAAGCUGCUCCUUCAGGAAGAAAAGACUUGUCCCACAAGGAUGCUGGAAGAUUUGUUUUCAAACCUUUGUAUUUAAUCUGCCUCCUUCAUUUACCAUUUUAUGGCAGAAGGCUGGGAGUCUUCUGAUGUAUUGGUGUGCUCACCUCAAAGAAGGUAUUGACCAGUUCUACUGCAAACCUCUGUUAAUUUGGGGUUCUGUCAUAGUUUUUUUCCUAACACGGAAAAUGAGCUACUUCUGGAUUUCCAGCAGUUAUAUGACUAUAUUUAUUGAAAUGAUUUUGUUAUUUGCACUUAGAGGUGUACCACAAAAUUCAGAAUUCAUCUUCUGCAUUUUUGUUUAUUUGUUUGUUUGAACAAAUAAAGCUUUACAAAUCCCUACUGUACAUCACACAGGGAUUCCA